AUGAGUGCCGUGCAGCCUGUAUCAGGCAUCUCUCUAGCUGCUCGAUAUGCGGUUCCUUUUGUGCUCCUGCUGAUCCCGCUAUGGAUGGCCAAGGUGAACACCGUCGUUCCGGAUCCGUACCUCGACGAGGUUUUCCAUGUCCCUCAGGCACAGGCGUACUGGGAUCAUAAGUGGUUCCAUUGGGACCCUAAAAUCACGACUCCUCCAGGUCUUUACUUCUGGUCUUACGUCCUUUGUGCUGCUGCGCUAGCACUCCGUGGCUCUCCAAGGGAGCUCAACGCUGAAGCCCUCCGUGCUACCAAUGUUGCAGCUGCAGCGGUCUUUCUUCCCUGGCGGCUGCAGACUCUUUUGGAUGCAUUGCGUAAGGUGCGCAAUACGCGCCCUUCUGGAGCUUGGCUGAGCCAUACGGUGCUGAAUAUUUGCCUUUUCCCGCCACUGUUCUUCUUCUCGGGGCUCUAUUACACGGAUAUUGUCUCCCUCCUUGUGGUCAUUGAAGCCUAUAAUUGGGAUAUCAAACGCUCCGCGGGAUCCGGAUCACUCCUCAAGACGGCAGUUUUUGUUGCGACUGGAUUGGCCGCUCUUGUUCUCCGGCAAACGAACAUCUUCUGGGUGGUUCGGAAACUUCGUCAGUCCUCGAAGGGCAGCCAGGCCUCAAGCCCGCUUAAAAUCAUCCAGAGCGGUUUCAACAAUGAACUGUACGACCCGCUUGUGUCAGAGGCUUCCUUCUUUGACUAUGUCAAGACAUCAAUCUCGCUUGCUUCAGUUGGUCUGAGGAACUUCGUCCCGAUAAUAGUCUCAGCGGUUCCCUAUCUCGUCAUCCUUGCAGCCUUUGGUGGAUUUGUGCUCUGGAACAAUGGAGUUGUCCUGGGACAUAAAGAGUUUCACACAGCAGGUCUGCAUCUCUCGCAGAUGCUCUAUAUCUGGCCUUAUUUUAUGUUCUUCUCUUGGCCCAUCCUGAUUUUCCCAGUCAUCAAUCUGGUGCUUCCAAACUCUGUGAUACCGGCAUUCUUUGACUAUGGAUUCACCAAAAAGCAAAAGGGGCUUCCCGGCAUAUUGACGGCCCUGGUCAUUCUUCCCAUCAUGCUGGCCAUCGUCCAUUUCAACACCAUCAUCCAUCCAUUCACUCUUGCCGAUAACCGUCAUUAUAUCUUCUACGUCUUUCGUAUUCUGCGCUUGCAUCCAGCUAUCAAAUAUGCUGCUGUUCCUGCUGCCUACUUUAUUGAUGGCUGGGCUGUGAUUUCUGCAUUUGGAUUCUCCACCACCAAGCCACAGCCUCAAUUUGUGCCGAUCACGAAGCCAAACGAACUAGCUGCUGCUCAGAAAGGGCAGUUGAAGGAGGCUGCCCGCAAGAAAGAGAAGUCUGAACGCAAGUCCAAGUCGAAAAAAGUCAGCCAAGUGACGACCUCGCCGCCCGCCCAAGAACAAUUUUCUCCCGAGGUUCUUGCUCGAAUCCAGGAGCACCUCGCUCAGCGUCAGAAGCAGCAGCAGGAAGCCCCACGAGUGAGCUUUGUGCUCGUCUGGCUUGCAGCCACGGCACUAUCGCUCGUUACUGCGCCGCUCGUUGAGCCACGCUAUUUUAUCAUUCCCUGGGUAAUGUGGCGGCUUCAUCUACCCCCACAGCCCGUGCCUCUUGUGUACCGUCAACAACGGCCUCGUGAUGAGCGGGAGGCCCUGCACGCCGACCUGGCAACUAAUUUCUCAUUGUUCAUGGAGACGUACUGGUUCUUGGCGAUCAACGCUGCAACUGGGUAUAUCUUUUUGUACAAGGGCUUUGAAUGGCCACAAGAGCCGGGGAAGUGUCAGCUGCAGCGGAAUAUGUUCAACUCAGUUACCAAAAACCGACCGUCCAAGAGGGUCAAAUUAUCAGCUCUUGAUCAGCCAGAGCCCAGUGAAGCAACUCCGACAGCCGUAGCAAAUGGCUUGGCAUCCUUGCACAGAUCCAUCACUCCUCCUCCAUCAUCACGACCUCGUAGAGAAUCAUCUGUGCCUCAAACGUCCAUUCAAUCUGCAGAGUUGGCUGGUCGUCGACCGCAGUUGAUCCCAUCUCCCUUCCAGCUCACUCAUAUCCGGGACCUUUCUGCUGCCUCAGGCAACAAUGUCGAUACAGUUCGGUUGAAAGAUAUCCUUGGGGAUCCCAUGAUCCGAGAAUGCUGGCAGUUCAAUUUCCUGUUUGAUGUGGACUUUCUGAUGAGUCAGUUUGAUGAGGACGUAAGACGCCUGGUGCAGGUCAAGGUUGUGCAUGGAUCGUGGAAAAAGGACGCCCCGAAUCGGAUUCGGAUUGAGGAAGCAUGUCCUCGAUAUCCGAAUGUUGAGGCGAUAACUGCCUACAUGCCCGAACCGUUUGGCACACAUCAUUCGAAGAUGAUGAUCCUCCUUCGUCAUGACGAUCUUGCACAAGUUGUCAUUCAUACGGCUAAUAUGAUACCGGGCGACUGGGCGAAUAUGUGUCAGGCCGUCUGGCGGUCUCCUCUUCUCCCGCUGCGAAAGACCGAAAGGGAACCUGAGGGACCUGGGGUCAUCGGCAGCGGGGCAAGAUUCAAAAGGGAUCUGCUCGCCUACCUGAACGAAUACGGCGUCAAGAAAACAGGGUCCCUGGUCAGACAACUCGAGCGCUUCGACUUUAGCGCCGUUCGCGCCGCUUUGAUCGCAAGCGUCCCGUCCAAACAGAGACUCAGCACUCUGGAUUCGAGGAAGAAGACGCUAUGGGGAUGGCCAGCUUUGAAAGAAGCUACUCGCCAGAUACCUCUGACGCCGAAGGGGAAAAGCCAAACUGGGCCGGCCCAUAUUAUCACCCAGAUCUCAUCGAUAGCCUCCCUCGGACAGACAGACAAAUGGCUCAAAGACGUCUUCUUCACUUCACUUUCACCCACGUCCUCCAGGGCGAGUAUCCCUCAACCGAAAUUCUCCAUCAUCUUCCCUACUCCCGACGAGAUCCGCCGAUCUCUAAACGGCUAUGGAUCCGGUGGAUCGAUCCACAUGAAACUGCAAAGCGCCACACAGCAGAAACAACUCCAAUAUUUGCGGCCAUAUCUGCGCCACUGGGCGGGAGACAGUGACAGCAACGCGACCAGUACUCCUCAACGGGAAGCUGGUCGCCGCCGUGCGGCACCACAUAUCAAAACGUACAUUCGCUUCUCGGACACAGAGAAGAUGGACACAAUCGACUGGGCGAUGGUGACCUCCGCCAACCUAUCUACUCAGGCGUGGGGAGCUGCCGUCAACAACGCGGGAGAAGUGAGGAUCUGCAGCUGGGAGAUUGGCGUGAUGGUCUGGCCGCAGCUUUUUGUUCAAGAAGAUAAUACCACCGAGCGACACCAGCAAGCGGUCAUGGUCCCGUGCUUCAAACGAGACAUUCCACCGCAGCUCCCGGAGGAUAUGCCAGAAUGCGACGUCCUCGUCGGGCUCCGGAUGCCAUACGAUCUUCCCCUGACCUCCUACAAGGCCGAUGAAGUCCCAUGGUGCGCUACAGCUGCCCACACCGAACCGGACUGGCUGGGGCAGACAUGGGAGGGGUGACUCUUACGUCUAUAGCCUACGGUGUAUACCAUAGAAACAACAACCAAGCUCAUAUCAC